AUGGCGUCGAGGGGAUACUUUCUUGUGAUUGCCCUCGGCUGUUGUUCAGCAGUUCUGGGUAUUGGAGAAGCUGAUCGUGUAGAUAUGCCUGGACUCCAGUUUAAAGUCAACUUCAAGACGUAUUCCGGCUAUCUGAAUGCGAACGACAAUGGAACAUGGCAAAUGCACUACAUGCUAACCGAGUCGCGAUCAUCUCCGAGUGAUGAUCCACUUCUGGUCUGGUUCAAUGGCGGUCCCGGGUGUUCCUCACUUCUGGGUCUGUUUGAGGAACUUGGCACUUUUUAUGUGAAUUUUGAUGGUUCCACGCUCUACGAAAAUGUGUACGCAUGGAAUGCGAAAGCAAAUGUGCUCUUCCUUGAAUCUCCUAUUGGUGUGGGAUUUUCAUACGAUACCACUCAAGAUGCUUACAUCAAAGCAAACGACGAUCAGACAGCGUCGCAAAAUUACGCUGCACUAAAGGAUUUCUUUAACAGAGUACAACCUCGAUACAAAAAUCGAACAUUUUAUCUCACCGGAGAAUCCUAUGCUGGCAUAUACAUCCCCAUGCUAUCCCAACGUAUUGUAGAAGGGAUUUCGAUAGGAGAUUUUCCUAACAAUAAUUUCCAGGGAGCUGCAAUCGGAAACGGGUUCAUGAAUGUUCCACAUCUGAUGAAUUCUGUGGUGCUCUGGAGUGCUUAUCAUGGAAGAGUUUCACUUGAUGACUGGGAUACCAUCAAGACUGUCUGUAGGACGGGAAGCGAGACCGAUGUCGAGAAAUAUGACUUCACUCAAUUCAUGACCACUAGUAAUGGUAUGGAUUAUUACGGAAACAACUCCACUCUCUGUGGCCAGCUCAUCGAACCUUUGAUCAGCAAUGAAGGAUUCUAUGGCUAUUACUACGACCAGUACAAUUACUACCAAGACUGCUAUCAAAGUACCUACAGUAUACCCACCGGUCAGCAGAAACGACGGUCUCUCCAAACAUUGCGCAAAAAGCCUUCUCAGUUCUCAUACGUUUUCACUGGCACGUCGAAUAUGGGCAAUAAUGCUGCGGCUCUAACAAAUCGCAUUUCAACAGACAAUCAAUGGGGAUAUCCUUGCUGGACCGAUCAAGCCUUAGAUUCUUAUCUUAAUAAGAGAAGUGUGCAGGAUGCCUUACAUAUUCCCAAAGCAUGGAGAGAUCAGAUGGGAGGAACUAUUCAGUGGGGAGGAUGCAACGACCCGAUCUAUGAGAAUUAUCACCUGACAUAUAGCCGAACAAACCAAUUUUUCCAAUAUGUGAUCCAGAAUGUGAAGACCCCAAACUUCCGGUUUCUUAUUUAUAAUGGCGAUGUGGAUACGGUAUGUAAUUAUCUCGGUGAUGCAUGGCAUAUUAGAGACGUAGCUCGUGAGAAUGGACUUCAGGCCAGUCCUCGAACUCCUUGGUUCUUCAGUGCUAACAAUCAAGUCGCCGGUUUUGCACAAAGCUACACUGGCAAUGGUGGCCAAGGCGUGAAGGUGACUAUUGAUGUGCUCACUGUCAAGGGGGCUGGUCACAUGGUUCCAAACGACAGACCGGGUCCAUCCGUCCAGAUGAUCACCAAUUUCAUGUUCCCUAACUCAAAUGGCGCAGUAAACUACAACAGCUCAGCUUACACUAAUCCUCAACCCGACCUAUCGCCGCUCAAAGGAAAAACGCAAAUUACCGGCUUCCUUAGUAGUCUCUCACUUGUAACUUUGGCUCUCGUAAUCCGUUAG